AUGAGACUAUCUGAAAAGGUUUCCUCUCUCACUGCUGCCACUUUUUAUUUCUGCCAAUUUUCGUUAGCAACACCAACAUGUUCAAACAUCACAGAUAUUACCCACUUCAAGGACAACCCAUCCAAGAGUUUGAGCUGGGAUAAAUGGUCUGAGACGUACCUGAAAUCAGUCAAUUGCCCCUCCGAAAACAAGACGCCAUGUUCGUUUGAUAUUGGAAAAACAUACAAUUUGACAGCCCGCCGCCAUCUCAAGAUCACAGUGAGCCAACUCGAAGCAGAAAAGAUCUACCUUUCAAUACACAACUCGCGGCAGUCUCUUACCAAUGAAACCCUCGAUGUACUCAUGGACCUAAACACCACUUUAAAUCAUUGGGAUAAAGACGGGCAUUGGCUUCAAGUUCAGCCAGGAAAUAAUAGAUCGCUAGCAUUCCAUGAGCAUCGCAUGAGGACGACGGGUGUAUUAAAUGGGUGUGCGAAUGAGACGCUCAAUGGGCAGAAGUUUGAAGUCGUGGCGCCAUUUUUGGAAACAAACGGAACUGAAACGUAUAAGGGACAAAAGGUUGAGAACGGAAAAGUUCUGGCGGGAACAUGGAUUUGGUGGGAUGCUCCUGCGUCAAACUUGACUACGAGUACUCCCGCUCCCACUCCAACUCCCGCUGCAGUUCCCGCUCCAGUUCCAACAGCAGGGACAAAAGGGGAGGAUAAGAAAAAUUCUGGGAACAGCUUUAUGGGAGACAUCCAAUUUUUGAAAACUGUUAUGGCUCUUUUGGUGGUAACGGUCGGGUUCGGAAUGCUGUAG